CAGUUAGCUCACAUUUGUUUGUAGCCAUCGAGGCUCGCCAGAACUUUCUCAUGACGUUCGCCCGCGCGCUGCUUGCCUUCGGCGCCCCGUCGCAUCGCAUGGAGUCCCAGCUCCUAUCCGCUGCUCGCAUAUUGGAGGUCGACGCCGAGUUUACCCACAUGCCGGGACUAAUCAUGGCGUCAUUUGGCGAUGAAGAAACGAAGACAUCGCAGAUGCAUUUCGCGAAAUGUGGCGGGCGACUCUCUUUGAGGAGCAUUCAUCGCUUGCAUAGCAUAUAUCGAGCGGUCGUACACGACGAGAUCAGCGUAAAGAAGGGAACAGAAGAGCUUGAUAAGAUGCUCGCGAGAGGCCCCAUGCUAGGCGUCCCAUACCGCUUGCUGCUGUCUUUCCUUAUUGCGGCGCUCAUCUGUCCAAUCGCCUUCGGUGGAUCAUUCAUAGACAUGUUCAUCGCUGGGGGAGGAUCGCUAUUCCUCACCUGCAUUCAGACAUACGUUGCCUCCAGAAGGAGUGUAAUCUACGCCAAUGUCUACGAGAUCCUAUCCGUCAUCGUGAUCUCAUUUGUUGCACGAGGCCUCAGCUCGAUUCGCUCGCAAAUAUUCUGCUACGCGUCCAUUUCAUCUGCAGCGGUAGUUACCAUCCUCCCAGGGUUCUUGAUCUUAACCAGCUCUUUGGACUUGGCGUCCAAGAAUAUCCUGUGCGGCUCCAUCAAGAUGGUAUACGCUCUCAUUUACACCCUGUUCCUCGGUUUCGGUCUGCAAUUUGGCUCCGAUCUAUUCUUGCUAUUCGACCGUUCGGCCCGCAAUGAGCUCGAUACUCUCGCCGCCAGGGCAGCAGCCGCGAUUACUACCUAUCCGUGGUGGUCCCAGUUCAUAAUCGUCCCCAUCUUCUCCGUGCUCUCAUCUCUCAACAAUGAACAGCCCGUGAACUGGGACCUCCUCGUUAUGGUCGUCAUCUCGUGCGCGGCAUACUCCGCCAACAAGGUCGCGGAUCACUUCAUCUUCAACCGUUCCGACGUUGUCUCCGCGAUCGGCGCGUUCGUUGUCGGCUUCCUUGGCAACGUAUACUCACGCAAGAUGGGCGGAACUGCGUUCACGUCGAUGGUUACAGGUGUUCUGUUCCUGGUUCCUUCGUCUUUACAGUCUGGCCUGUCCGAGGCUGGCGGAAUCACCGCACAGAACAGUGCUACCCAAAUCGGCACUGCCAUGGUCACGGUUACGAUUGGUAUCACAGUUGGUCUCUUCAUCUCACAGGCCCUCGUCUACCUUUUCGGCAACCGGAAGAACGCCGCUAUGUUCUCGUUCUGACACCCCUUUGCUUAAUCGAGAGCAGAUGUAUUUGUUUAGCCAGCCUUCUGAACUCCUAAUCCUAAUGUACACGUGAGAGAUAGUCCGCGAUAGGGAUGUGGACGCAGAAAGUAAGUGUAGUACCGUAGAUUAGCUCAGAAAUCUGCGCAGCGGUAGCCUAGCGAUGCACGAACAGAGGCGAUAAAUAGUCUGGUAGUGAGAGGUAAGGGAGAACGGGCCGCGGUCUACGGAGAGGCGACGGAUGACCCACGCAUCCUACUGCCACCCUCGUGGAAGCUCGUAUAUGAAGAUGUACGAUAUAACAUGCCGGUGCCAGUACGCGGACGCGCUCCGCCAGGCGGUGGCGGCCUAUGGCGCAGAGUGGGCGGGGCACCGGGAGGAAGCACACCGGACGACAUCGAGCUUGAGGUCAUCCGUGCGCUGCUCCGCACGGGCGCCGACGGCGCACGAGCUGAUUGUGGGCUUGAGAAGGUCCGCGGUCUUUGGUGCACCGUCGCGCCACCGAUCAUAAGUGGAGUACUAUUGGUUGAAGCAGGACCUCGGGAGAAGGAGCGUGAAGGCGGGCUGAUACUGGCUGCAUGGGCUUGAGGGAGACGCAGAGGGCGCGGGACGCUCCCGCUGCUUGAAGAUGGGACAGAAGUCGAGGACGAGCUUCGCGAGUAGCUGGAUAUCGAAGAUGCGGUAGUGACAUUCGUCACAUUAGAGCCUGUGGAUUCCGUUCUUUCCCUUAGAGGAGGAGGAGCAGUGUUCGAAGACACCGACGACGUAGACGAAAAGGCAGAAGCCGAUUUGGAGAUGCUACGGGGCGGAACCACAGAGCUGAAGGACGUCGUAGUGACUAUUGAGGUCGUGCUCGCAGAGGAUUCGGCACGACUUCUCCCAGUACUUUGAGUGAGGAGAGAGACGGAACUGGUAUUUGGGCUCUGCAGUUCGCCAGAACUGGGAAACGCAAAGUCGGGCCUGAUCAACGUCGCUUCAGAGAUAGAGUCCAGUGACUCAUCAAGCUCCGUAGAUGAAGCGAGAGACGGCGAAGAAAGUAAGGGUAACUUGCUUGUUUUGGGUCGGGAUGGACCAUGUGCUGCUGCGGAAGUGGCUCUGCCACGAGGAAUACGCAGUCCUAUGCCAGGACCUGAUACAGGGGAGGUAGGAGACUGAGCGGGAAAAGAGAUGGAAGUAGAGCGCAGAUUGGAAUGAGAAGUUGUUCUGCGGGAGAGCACGCGACUCGAGGUGGACGGGACGGGUGACGUAAGACGGGACGCAGUUGAAUCAUACACCGAUGACGGGCGUGAGGAAGGGGAUGAUGCAGCAUUUUGACGUUCCGUGGUAUUUGUGAUAAGACGGCGGGUGAGUGUGGACGGAGCGUCCUCGUCCUCACUGGAGGUCGCAACAUUGUAAGUCUAUCGAUUGAUAUGUGAACACAUUCGUUUUGCUGACCUAUCACUCCAACCGAGGCCUGUUGUGAGGCCCAUGCCAGCCUUCAGCAACCUGCCAUCACGAUGUCUCAUGCGACGUCGUACAGUGUCCCGAGGAUCCCUCUGCAACCCAGGCUUAGUGACCACAGAGACGGCUAACGCGGCAAUGAGUUAGACAAGAAAAUACAAAGCUAGUAAACGUACCUGUAGAGACCAGACUGAGGGCACUUCUGCUGGCACCAGGCGAGGUGUCUCCGGCGGAAGAGUAGAUGGACUGGGUGGAUCCGGACUGUGGAAGGAGUUUCGAACGUGGCGAGAGCAACCCAUCGCGAAACAUUAAAUGCCUACUGAUAUUCAGAAC